GCUACAGCUGAACAACUUCCGGAGGACGGGAGAGGAUUUCCACAGUUCCACCGACUGGACUGUUUCAGAGUACAUUUUUGGAAGAAAUGCUGACAUGUCUUUUAACAUGAUCCUUUCAGUAACAUAUGAUGAAAUCAACGAGAGCAACACGUUCACUAACGGGGAUUGCAUUUCUGGCCACGUCACUUUAGAUGUUACGAAGAAAACGAAAAUAAAGUCCUUUCGGAUUAAACUCAAAGGGAAAAUAAAGGUUCAAUGGAGGGUAGCAUGUAGUCGUGGAAUAAGGCCAUCAUCUAAGGGCUACGACGACGAAGAGACACUUAUCAAGUCAGUCCAAUACUUUGUUGGAGGUGACCUUGGCACUCCACUAUUGACAGAUCACAAUGGGCAGCCUUAUUCCAAUACAAUUGCACCAGGACGUCACCUAUUCCCCUUUACCUUUGAUCUACCUCAAGAAAAAAUGCCUCCUUCUUUCAAAGGAGUGCAUGGCAAGAUUGUUUAUUUCCUGGAGGCUAAAUUGACAAGAUUGAUGCGGAUAUCAAGCAAAGACAGAAUAGAGUUCACCUUUGUCCCAAAACCCAACCCUAGCAACAGAGUAGCGCAGGAUGAUUUCACAGACAAGAGCUGGACCUUCCAGGAUGGGAUUGUGUCUAAUAUAAAAGCAGGCAGGAAGUGUCAUUUAGGAGAGGGGCUAACAGUCACAGGAACAACUCAGAACACCUCAAGCAGUCCAGUCAGGCUUAACUUUCGCCUGUGCCAGGUCCAGGAAUGUUGUGCACAAAACCAACAUUGGAGCCAUGACUCCCAAGAUGUCCUGAUUGAAAGAAGUGACAUUAUUGGUCCAUUUAGGACUGCAAAUGUGACAGAAGUGCUGAAAAUCCCAUGCAACAUCCCUGCUUCUCUUCUCAACUGUAGGCUCAUGAAAGUAGAGUACAAACUAUGGGUAUAUCUUGAGGGAAAACAUUCGUUCGACUCGAUUGUAUUUGGCGUGGAACUCCUUCCUCCACGACAACAGGGCGGUCAAAGCAGUUUCUCGGAGCAAUCGAGGAGCACCAGCCAAGCGUCUCAGGUUCUCCACUCUUCCUUACUCUGUGGUAGCCCCCUUCCUGCUGACAUACACCAUCUCUUCACAAAGUAAAAUAAUGUGUUCUUUUCAAGAUACAUUUCAAGAGCCAAUGGCAUAUGAAUCUUCACUGAGGUUGCAAUAAGGUCUGUGCCAGAAUAUACACAGAAACAAGGCUCAGUUCAAAACAAGAAUUGGCAGCUCAACAGUAUUUGAACAGCAAAUGUUUUACAUUUGAAA